AUGAUUAUUCGAAGAUCAUCGCUCGCUAUUAUAGCGACCACUAUUGCUGUAUCCGCGGCCACCAUUCUACCUAUCAGCUCAGGCCAGCGGCAUGACGCCAAUAUGCUGAGCUCUCGUGUCAAUCCACAGCCCGAUUCGAUUCAUCUGCCUCUGUGCGCUCUGGAUUGCUUCACUGCCACCUGUUCGGAGCUUGAUUUAUCAUGUAUAUGCAAGAGCUUGGCUCAACAGUCUCAAACUUUCUCCUGCUUUCAGUCAUCAUGCAACUUUUCUGAGAGCCUAACUACCAUGAAUCUUACACAAACGGUGUGCAGUGCCCCAGCGCGGGACCGAUCUGGUCGGUUCAAGACGAUGAAUCUUACUCUUAGCUCUGUAACUCUUAUGAUAGCGGGUAUCCGCUUCAUAUCCAAAUAUCUCUUCAGCAUCAGGCAGGGUUUUGGGCCCGAUGAUUGGACCUUGCUGGCAGCAGGAUUUAUCGGCAUUCCUUGCAUCGCGUUCAACAUUUCGGGACUGAGUAGCCAUGGUUUGGGGAAAGAUAUCUGGACAUUAACUCCAGAUGACGCUGCCUCCUUUGCUCGGUGGUUCCUAGCCAUGGAAGUUCUCUACGUGGUCAUUAUGACCAUUGUGAAGAUCAGUUUAUCCCUCUUUUAUCUUGACCUGUUUCCGGGGACUACCUUCCGCAGAGUGGUUUGGGGUACCAUCAUAUUCAACAUCGCUGCUGGUCUCAGCUUCGUCAUUGGAAGCCUCGCACAGUGUGUGCCAUUGGGCUUAGCCUGGGGGCAAUUUAGCAAUUCAUCACACGGGCACUGCAUCGACAUGAAUUCGUUUGGGUGGGCAAACGCAGCCGUCAAUGUUGCAACGGAUCUUUGGCUUAUAGUCAUUCCUCUGUUCCAGCUAUACAAGCUCGACACUCAGUGGAGAAGGAAGCUAAGUGCUGCUAUUAUGUUUAUGACGGGAGUGAUAGCAACCAUCGUUUCCAUCCUCCGAUUCCAGUCGCUAGUCCACUUCGCCAACACGGCGAACCCAACCUGGGACCAUUGGAGCAUCGCCUGGUGGUCGACCAUCGAAGUCAACAUAAGCAUUAUUUGCACAUGCAUUCCUUCUAUACGGCUAAUCCUAGCACACAUAUUUCCGCGUGCCAUUGGCUCCAGCCUUGGGCUACCCCCCAUGACAGAGGAAUCUUGGAUCGGAGAGAAAAUGUCCAGCCCAAAUCCAUUGGAUAUAGAGCAGUUGGAACUAUGCAACCAUCGAAGCAUAGACGGAGUUUCAAAGACAAGCGAGUCUAUCCAGCGAGCCGAGGGGGUUUUAGAGAUGGUGGCACAUCCAGCUACUGUCCAAUGA